AUGUCCGGCUUCAAUCCAACGGGGUAUUCAUCACCCUCAGGAUCUUCGAAUAAUGUACCUCGAUUAUCAUGGCAACAGCGUCGCCCUGUUUCAGGAGUACACAAGAAGACUUCCUCAUCACCGUCCAAUACGAUAUUUCCUCCACCUCCUCCUCCGCCAGAUGUUGUUACCUCGCCAACGCCAGGCAUUAGAGGUCACCGGCAAUCAGUAUCUGCUCUGACAGCGGCAUUGACUUUCACGCCAGCACCUACGCCCACUUCCGCCCCCGCGCCUUCUCGGCCUAGCUCUGCACUGGUUGUAAACAGCUGGCAGAGUAGAAGUAACAACUCAGUUUCGAAAGCUUCACCAGGAACAUUUGCUCCAGGGUUUAUCAAGUCUGCGGAUGAUAGGAGAAACAGCACCUCGAGCUUAGCAGGAGGUAUAGCAGGAGAGAAUAGUGACUUCUCUGGAAGACGAUGGGUAUGGGUUAGGGAUCCUGAGAGGGCAUUUGUGAAGGGAGAAGUUGUUCUUGAUGAAGAUGGAAUGCUUACUGUGCGAUGUGAUGACGGAACGGAACGAAAUGUUCAUUCUGAUAAUGUCGAUAAAGUGAACCCGGCUAAGUUUGAUAAAGCUGAUGACAUGGCGGAGCUCACACAUCUUAACGAAGCUUCUGUAGUUCACAAUCUUCACUUACGUUACCAGGCGGAUCUAAUCUAUACCUAUUCAGGCUUGUUUUUGGUAACAGUAAACCCUUACUGCGCAUUACCAAUAUACAACAAUGACUACAUUUCCCUAUACAAAAAUCGCUCAAGAGAGGAAACAAAACCUCAUAUUUUUGCAAUUACGGACGUCGCAUUCCGGAAUAUGCUGGAAGAGAAGGAGAAUCAGAGUAUUUUAGUCACUGGUGAAUCCGGAGCGGGUAAAACUGAGAAUACAAAGAAGGUUAUUCAAUAUCUUGCUGCUGUUGCCAGCGAAAGCUCUUCGUCGAAGCAACUCGGUACUCUAGAGCUUCAAAUUUUACGGGCAAAUCCUAUCCUUGAGGCUUUUGGCAACGCCCAAACUGUUCGCAAUAAUAAUUCAUCUCGUUUCGGAAAAUUUAUACGUAUCGAAUUCACCCGUUCUGGUCAGAUAGCCGGCGCUUUCAUCGAUUGGUACCUCUUGGAGAAAAGUCGAGUCGUCCACCAGGGUGGGGAUGAAAGAAAUUAUCAUGUCUUUUAUCAGCUACUGAGGGGAGCCAGUAGCCAGAUGAAAGAAAUGUAUCUCCUCGACGACGAGAAUGUCAAAGCGUGGAACUAUAUCAAAAACAGUAAUGAUACUAUCGCAGGCGUGAACGAUCUUGAAGAGUUCCGGUCUUUAAUGGAGGCAUUCCAUGUUAUGGGCUUUGGUACUGAGGAGCAAGUGUCCAUUCUUCGUGUCAUCGCUGCCGUUUUACAUAUCGGCAACAUUGAAGUCGUUCCAGAACGCAGAGGCGGCGAAGAUGCACGACUACCGGACCGUGGUCAAGCUGAAAGGGUGUCUCAUGUUUUGGGUAUACCAGUGGAUGGGUUUGUAAAAGGAUUACUUAGACCCCGCGUUAAGGCUGGUAGAGAAUGGGUCAAUCAAUCAAGAACAGCGGAACAAGUAAAACAGAGUCUAGAUGCCUUAGCAAAAGCCUUAUACGAAAGAGGGUUUGGGAAAUUGGUCGAAAUGGUCAAUAGUAAACUUGAUACUCGCGGCGAAGGAGACGGGUUUAUUGGAGUCUUGGAUAUUGCUGGGUUCGAGAUUUUUGAGGUUAACAGUUUUGAGCAACUCUGCAUUAAUUAUACAAACGAAAAAUUGCAACAAUUUUUCAAUCACCACAUGUUUGUGCUAGAGCAGGAAGAGUAUGAAAGGGAAAAAAUUGAAUGGAAAUUUAUUGAUUUCGGGCACGAUCUUCAACCGACUAUCGACCUCAUCGAAUUACCUAAUCCUAUUGGUAUUUUCUCGUGUCUCGACGAAGAUUGUGUCAUGCCAAAAGCAAGUGACAAAUCAUUUACCGAAAAGCUUCAUUUUCUCUGGGAUAAAAAGACACCAAAAUACAAACGUUCUCUUCUCAAGCAAGGAUUCAUGCUUACCCACUACGCUGCCGAGGUAGAGUACUCGACAGAGGGCUGGUUAGACAAAAACAAAGAUCCUUUGAACGACAACAUUACAAAGCUUCUUGCUGCUUCUCACGACAAAUAUAUAGCCUCAUUGUUUGCCGACUACGCCGAAGAUGCAAACGAAAAUGGAACUGUUGCUAAGAGCAGGGUCAAGAAAGGACUUUUCAGAACGGUAGCACAAAGACACAAGGAGCAAUUAACAAGUCUCAUGGCUCAGCUUAACUCCACACAUCCCCACUUCGUCAGAUGUAUCAUCCCUAAUCACCAAAAGCGGCCCAAAAAACUAAACGCACCAUUGGUACUAGAUCAGCUUCGAUGUAAUGGUGUGUUGGAAGGUAUUCGAAUUGCAAGGACUGGAUUCCCGAACAGAUUGCCAUUUGCCGAAUUCAGGCAACGGUACGAAGUUCUCACCCCCAAAAUACCAAAAGGCUAUCUUGAAGGUCAAAGGGCGUGUCAACUUAUGCUUCAGCAGCUAGACCUUGAUACCCAACUUUACCGCGUGGGUUUAACAAAGGUCUUCUUCCGAGCCGGGGUCUUGGCCGAGCUUGAAGAAAAGCGCGACACCUUAGUUAGAGAGAUUAUCACACGUUUUCAAAGUAUCGCAAGGGGCUAUCUUCAACGCAGAAUCGCAAGGAAACGGCUUUACCGUGCCGAGGCUACCAUGAUAAUUCAAAGGAAUCUCCAAGUAUAUUUAGAUCUUUGUGAGAGUCCUUGGUGGAAGCUCUUUAUGAAGAUGAAACCGCUUUUGGGCGCAUCUCAUUCUUCGAAUGAGGUUAAGAAAAGAGACGAAAUGAUACAGAAAAUGGAGGCCCUGAUGCAAGCGGAGGCAGAGAAUCGGCAGAAACUUGAAGAAGAGAGGAGGAAAACUGAUACAGAGCUUCAACGUGUCCAAAAAACUCUGGAAAGCGAAAGAGCCCUCGCACUUGAUAAGGAAGAAAUUUUUGAGAGGAUGAGGCAAAGGGAAGCUGAAUUGAGUGAAAAGCUUGCGGGUGCUCUUGAAGAUCAGGACCUAUUAGAGGACCAGAUAGAUGAGUUAAUGAGUGCGAAAAAGAAGACAGAUGAGCAAGCAGAGCUCUGGAGAAAAGAGUUGGAGCAAGCGGGUGAUUUGGUUGCUCGCCUGGAGGAUGAAAAGAGAGAAUUGGCUGCAAAAAUCGAGUUUUUGGAUCGCGAGCUCGAGGCAGCGGAGGCAGCAAGAGCCGAGAGGGGAGAUGCCGAAGAUAAGCUCGAACAAGAAAUCCAUGUAUUGAAGAGUCAUCUCAACUUGAAGGAACGCAAGUUACAGGAGUAUGAAGAAGCUCUCAAGAAGUCGGAUCACGAUCUAGAUGAAAAGCUUGCCCAGACGAACUUUAGUCUUGAAACUAGUCAAAAGCAGAUACGUGAACUUAUUGACGAGAACAGGACACUCCGAGACCAGCUGAGUGACCUAUCAACUACUUCGAACGGAUACGAGGAUCUUAUUCGUCGAAAGGAAAGCGAACUAUCCUUACUGCAUGCGGAUCUCAAGAAACUAGAACUUGAGCGUACUGCUUUUGACGAUGAAAAGCGUCAUCUCAACUCGAAGCACGACGAUAUUCUAGCACGUCUCCGCAGUGCCCACUCGGAAGUUGAGACACUGAAGCAUCAAUGUGCAAGACUCGAGAAAGAGGCAGCAGACGCUAGAAGACUGCUUGAUGCAAAAAUCACCGAAGAUGCUAAGACGGGGCAGGGUCGUAGGCUUCUCGACGAGCAGAUCAAGGAAUUACAAGAGGAGUUAGCGGCAAUCCAAGCCGAGCUAGAUAAGGAGAGGCAAUCCCGAGCCGAUAUUGCUCUACUAAGCGAACAUAAAUUCGCCAACCUAAAACGUGACCAUGACGCUAUUACUACUGCGAAAUUUACGAUUGAGAAAGAGCUUUAUGCACAGCAAGAUACCCUUCGUCGUGCCCUUGAAGCUCGAUCUCAGUCCGAGAAGGAAAAACGCAACUUUCAAGCGGAUCUGAAGACUCUUCGCGACAGACUUGCUGAAUCUGACAACGCGAGAUUACAAGCGGAAUCAGAGAUUGAGAAAAGUUUGGCAAGGCAAGCCAAAGAGAAGGAGGCCAGGUUAGACAAAGAUUUGAAGGCAAAAGAGGAGGCCCUUUCUAUCGCAGAAUCAGAACGCGCAAGAUUGGCUUCAGAAGUUGCUAGACUUACCCGAGUUGUCAGUGAGCAAGAUGGAGCACGUCAGUCCUACGAGCAGUCGAGAAAGCGGAUGGAUUCGGAAACCAACGCAGUGAAGAAUCGUCUUAUGGCAUCAGAAAAUGAUAACCGCGCCUUGCAAAAUAAGAUACAACAAAAGAACCUCGAGAUUAGCAAGGCAAACGCUAGGGCGAGCGAGCAGUAUCGAGACAAGAUUGUUGCCUUGACUGCUGACAGGACGAAGGCUGACGAAGAGGCGAGAAAAUAUCGGAAGCAAUUCGAAGAUGCGCAAAUCCAGAUGCGUGCUCUCGAAAAGCAGAAAGAGAAGCUAUCUCUGAAUUUGGAAGAUUUGAAUCAUGAAGUUGCACGCGAACACAAAACGACCCGGAAUGCUGAGAAGACAACAUCUAGCCUACAGCUGCAGCUUGCGGAGGCAAAUAGAACCCUGGAGAUGGAGAGACAAGUCAAGGCACAGGCACAAGUAAAUACCAAGCACAUUCAAAGUGCUCUCGCGACUGCCAACUCCGAGCUCGAGGAUUGCCGUCAACAACUACUUGUUCUCCAGAAGGUUUUCGACCCUGAAGGUAUACAACCUAAAAACUGGGAAUCUGGCAGGAAGAGUAUCGUCCAGUCUUUCAACUUGGCCACAAAGCUAGAUGAGGCAAACCAGGCCCUAAGGCUUUCAAACGAGAGACGUAUACGUGCUGAGAAGGAUCUUGAGGAGCUAAGGAAGCGGCACCAAGACGAAGUGGCAGAGAUAGAUAAUAUGCAUACGUCUUCUAAGAGAGCCCUGCUCGACGAGAUGGAUCAGAAUAACGCCCCCGCAAACGGAUCUUCUCGGCCGUUUAGCAGAGCACUCAAUUCCAAACAGUAUUCCAACCAGACAACGCCUACCAGACGGAACCUCUUUGGACAAGAUCAAUUCGAUUCUGAAAAGACAGAUAAGACUAUGGAUACCAUUAGCUUUCAACGAAGGAUGGACCUGGCCUCGGAGCUUGAAGAAGUUCAAAACCAGCUACAGAUUGCGGAAAUGCAGAACAAGCAUCUUCAAGCCCAAAUUGAUCGAGCAAAUGCAAAGGAGGGUGAGCUAGAAGCGAGUCCAUCGGCUAAGCGAGCAUUAAAGCUGGAGCGUGAGAAUAACCGCCUGCACGACUUGCUUGAUGAAUCUGACCAAAAGAAUUCUGCGCUUGAGGCUUCAAUGAACUCAAUUGAACUUAGCCUAAAGGAUAUCCAAGCUAAGAGCCAUGAAGAGUUGUAUGACUUCAUCAGCCAGCAGGAGCAAUCCCGGCGCAAUCUAGUAAUGGUAUAUAACGAGACUGUCUCAGAUCUUGGACGAGCAAAGGAUCAGUUUGAAAAGAUCAAGGCCGCCAAGGCUGCAAUAGAGACAGAUCUCAGAGAGACCCAGACGGAGCUGGAUGAAGCACUCGCAAUGCAGCAGCAAGAUAAGGUUAGUCGAGCCCAGCUAUUAAAUGAAUUUGCGGACCUGCAAAUUCGCCUGGACGCCGAGUCCUCGAAGGUCGCGGACCUUGGAGCAAGCUUGAAUCUUUACAAGCUGCGCAGCAAUGAGUACUUCAACAAGCUGGAGCAAGCAGAAAUCUUAGUACUUAGGGCAUCAAGAGCCGAGGCAGCUGCAAAAAGUCAAGCAAAGGAAACGGAAGAGAAUGCAGCAACGGUGUUGGCCGAAAGGAAGCAGAUGGAAUCACUAAUAGAGGACUUACAAAGACAAAACCAGCACUAUGACGAAAAGGUUGAGGAUCUUUCUGCAGAUUUGACUGCUGCCCUUCAAGCCAAGAAGAGGCUGCAGAACGAGCUCGAUGACUACCGCAGUAGGCGUGAAAUUGAUCUCGAAGACAAGGAGAGCUCGAUGGAACAGACAAGGAAGAAAUACCAAACCGAACUUUCCACUCUUAAUGGCGAAUUGGAGAUUGAGCGUGAGAAUAUCCUCCAGGUUAGGGGGGAGAAUAGACGUCUUCGUGAAGAGGUUGAAGAUCUACGUGCCAAGUGGGAUGACGAAGUUCUCAAUAGCUCUACAUGGGCCAAAGAGAAGUCUCGUCUUGAAAUCAAGCUUCAGGAUCUUUCACAAUCCCAUGAUGACGCUGUUGCUGCACACAAUGAAGCUCAAGGUCGUGUGGUCUCAUUACUCGCUCAGGUCCGGAGCCUCCGCACCAACGUUGAUGAGGUUAAUUCAGAACGAGAGGCGCUCCAAAAGGAGAAACGUAGUAUCGAACAGAGACUGGCUCAAGCUAAUCAAAGGCUUGAAGAUCUCGCCAACGGAGAGAGUCCAUCAAUGCGCAACGCAGCUGGUAUGGAUCGAGAGUUGCUUGAUCUCAAAGGAGCUCUGCAGCAGCAAGAAGAUGUCGCGGCGGCGGCGGUCGAGAAGAUGCGGAGGGCUGAGGCCUUGGCAGUCGAGACACAGCGCGAUAUCGCAGCGGAGAGGGAAACCAAUGUCAGCUUGCACAAGGAGAGGGCAUCCUUGGAAAAGCAGGUGAAGGACCUGCAGCUGAAAUUGGUAGACCUGGAAACCAAAAGCUAUUCGACCACAUCUCAUGAUGUCAGGUUUUUGCAUGGGCGUGUUCAAGAGCUUGAAAAGUUGCUUGAUGAACAAGAGAAAGAACGAAAUAAGAGCGAGCGCUCGGUUCGUAACGUUGACCGUACCGUCCGAGACCUCCAAACUCAGAUUGAGAGGCGAGAUAAGGCCGCCAUACAACUCGAGGAGGAGGUCACAAAGGGUAAAGAAAAGCUUGAGCGCCUCCUCAAGACGAUCGAAGAGUUAGAGGCAGCACAUUCGGAGCAUCAAUUGAUUGCUCGCCGGGCAGAACGUGAAGCACGCGAGGAGCGAGAAAAGAGCCUUAGACUUGAGCGGGAGCUCGAGGGCUGGAAAGGGAUGAGAUUAGAUAGGAACGCCAACAGUCGUAGUAAUACCAUGGCCGCUCUAAGUCAGAUGGGCGAUGACGAUAGCGAUAGGAGAGGGUCAAAGCGUCAUUCAGUCAAUUUUUUGUAA